AUGUCGCGAACCCUCACCCUCGCCAGCUCUCUGCUCUUGGGCCUGGUUGCCGCCCAGUCACCUGACACAACGGCCGAGAAUCACCCCAAACUCACAACUUACAAAUGUACCACGGCUGGUGGAUGUACUGCGCAGGAUACAGCACUUGUUCUCGACGCCUCCUCACAUCGCAUCUAUCAGGCUAAUGCCCCGGAGUCCAAUUGCGGUGACUGGGGCUCUGGCGCGAACGCCACAGCUUGCCCUGACGAGGAGACGUGUCAACAAAAUUGUAUCUUGGAAGGAAUUUCAGACUACACUGCGAACGGGGUGUACACCAAUGGCUCAGACCUAACUCUUCUAAUGCUGAGUAACGACGGCGAGACUGAGUAUAGCCCACGGAUCUAUCUCCUGAAUGAGGCCGAAGAUGCAUACGAGAUGCUCCAGUUGACCGGACAGGAGUUUACCUUCGAUGUCGACAUGAGCAAGCUUCCUUGUGGGAUGAACUCGGCGCUAUACUUGUCCGAGAUGGAAGCUACCGGAGGCAAGGACUCCUCCGACCUCUCUGUGGCCGGCGCUGAGUAUGGUGCGGGAUACUGUGACGCACAGUGCUAUACCACUCCAUUUAUAAACGGUCUGGGAAACAUCAAUGGCAGUGGUGUCUGCUGCAACGAGCUCGACAUCUGGGAAGCCAACGCCCGCGCAACCCACAUCGCACCUCAUCCAUGUAAUCAACCUGGCCUUUACGCAUGUGAUGCGAGCGGCGAGGACUGUGGUGAUAACGGUGUCUGCGACAAGAGUGGUUGCUCGAUGAACCCAUACAAGAUGGGACACCCGGAAUACUACGGUCUGGACCUCGAGGUUGACACUAGCCGACCAUUCACCGUCGUCACCCAGUUCCCUUCUGACCAGAGCGGCCAGCUCACCGCCAUCAGACGCCUCUAUAUCCAGGAUGGAAAAACUAUCGAGAUGCCCAUCUCGACAGCACAAGGAGUCCCCGCACAAAACUUCCUGAAUGAUGAGUACUGCAAUGCCACCGGGGCCGAUAAAUACAUGGGCCUCGGGGCAACUGGGGGAAUGGGUGAGGCCAUGAGCCGCGGGAUGGUCCUCGUCUUCAGUAUAUGGUGGGAUAAGACUAGCUUCAUGGAGUGGCUUGACGGUGCCAGCUCGAACGCCGGGCCUUGCAAUGCAACCGAGGGCAACCCUGAAAUCAUCAAAUCCAUCCAGCCUGACACUCAGGUCACGUUCAGUCAGAUCAGGUGGGGAGAUAUUGGGUCGACCUUCUCAGGAUCUACGAACGGAACAGGGAGCACCAAUGGCUCAAGCUCGGCCGUGAGCUCACUACCACAACGAUCCAACGUCAAGGGUCUCCCAUUCCAGAGCUAG